AUGGAGCUUUUGACAAGGAAUAAACCAUGCUCAUAUCAGUCAUCCGAGGAGGAAACCCUUGUCGCAUAUUUCACCACUUCGCUAGCAGCAGGCAAGCUGGUUCGCGUGCUAGAUCCUCAGGUCGUUGAAGAAGGCGGCAAGGAGGUUGAAGAGGUGGCUGUGCUGGCGAUGGCAUGCGUGAGGAUUGAAGGAGACCACCGGCCAAGCAUGAGGCAAGUGGAGUUGACACUCGAGAGUCUUGGGGCCUCGCAUGAUAGCUUCGUGAUGCAUGACAUGCAUGUGCCGAAGUAUCCAGUGAUUGAGGGUACGAACAUGGAGGAAACGAGCCGGCAGUAUAGCUUGGAAGCAGAGUAUUUGUUGUCAUCUAGGUACCCUCGGUAG